CGGAGGAGUCGUUUCUGGAUUCCGGAGUCUGCCAGAGAGAGCCAGGCUUUUACUACACAUUCCUGAAGGGAGUGGCUGCCACCGAGACCCAUAUAUACCCAUUCGGAUGAAACAUUGGAGACAACUGAGCGAAGCCUCAGAGGACAGAGAUAACCUCUCCUGGAGUUUUUUCCCUCCUCUACCAGACCCCCUCAAAAUAGAUAAUCUCAGCCUUCUAGUGAUGCUGAUAUUCAGUCCCUCUUGGAAGGACACCCCACACAGAAGUCCUGGAAUCCCCACUGCCAGCACAAGAACCCAGAAACAUCCUGUCCCCCUUCCAGCAACUCUCUGGACCCCUCUUUUAGGACCUAGGUAUUGUUGCCCUGGGCGGAGCUGCUGGGUUUAAAGAGCCGGAACCCACCUGGGUGAACACGGCCCCAGCAGCCUCUCCAGAUCUGCGCCCAGCUCUCAGCCCUGCUGUGCAGCUGUAUCAUGAAGAGAGUGACCCGGGGCCUUCUCCUCACGCUGGCAGGCCUGCCUGCCUUGGAAGCCAAUGACCUGGUUGAUAAAGACAGUCCCUUCUACUAUGUGCUCUUCCCACCAGGUACUAUACCGCGUAUCUAUUUACUGGCUUGUCUUUCUUGUUGCCUGAAAUACUGGGAAAGCCUGCAGCUGGGCGGGAUGAUUUUUGGAGGGCUCCUGUGCAUCGCUGGAAUCUUGAUAGCCCUGAGUGGAAAAUGCAAAUGCAAGUACAAUCAGAAGCACAGCCCCUUACCUGAGAAAGCCAUUCCACUCAUCACUCCAGGCUCUGCUAGUACCUGCUGAGCACAGGACCAGCUUCGUGGCACUGUCGGUAUCAGCUCCCAUGCUGUCCGCUCCCCACCUGAGGGCAUUACCGUCCAAGAUGGCCUUUCUCCCCCAGGGUGGGCCCUUAGGCUCCCUUCGGAUCAGGAGGCUGUCCAAAGCUUGUUUCUAAAUUAAACUGUCUCAUC